GCUGAUCGUAAUUGUAAUUUCUGGCGGCUUAUUUUUCAUACAACAUAUUUUGUAUUAAGUUUGUAGUAUUUCUUCCUCUUAGCAAUUUGUUAUAACUUGCUAUUGUGUAUUACUAUAAAUUUAAAGACACAUGGAAACGUCUUCCAACGAUAAGUCGGAAAAGGAUGUGGAUGCUUCAGGUGUAAUUAUAAUUGAUCCCACAUCCUUUUCUAAAACAAAAGUGGUGCAUACAAUUAUUAAACCUCCAAAUGGCAAAUACAAAUCAGCUCCUUUGGAUAUUGAUAUGAAGACUUUAAAAUUAACCGAUUCAUUAGUUCCUUCAGCAACUGUGAAGCCGUUAGAGGUACCCACACAGAAGCCAACAAAACUGUUAUUUCCACCACUGAGCGUUGCGCAAAAAAGAAAAAUACAAGAAAUAAAAGAAAACUAUAAAAGAAAAAGACAGCUUCAGCAUCGCCAAACGCUUCAAACAGCUAUGCAGUUAAACCAAGCACUUCAAAACGAAACGAAAGGAUCACCACUUGUACAGUAUAUUGAAUUCAUAAAUGAAGCUGUAUUUGAUGAAGAGCAAUUGGCGAAAACGACUGUUACACCAGAGGAUGAUUCUGACGAUGAAGUAUUAGAGUUUGAGGAAGAAGCACUUGAAUAUGUAUUAGAGAAACCAAGAACCAACAGUGUUGGCACACAAGCAGACAUAGAAUUUACAACAAAUGGUAUACAAACGGAGGAACCCGCCGAAGAUCGCAUUAAUUGUGGUUUCGUAAAUGUUUCAAAAACUGGCGAAGACAAAUAUUUUAAUCUUCGUUGUUUUUAUUGCGAUGCAGAAUUUCCUAUAUCAUUUUGGUCUGAAUUUUCGGAUCAUGUUAUCGAUACUCAUAGUGACUUGGAAAAGGUUUAUGUCGAAAAUGAUGCCAAAUCUGUAACCGACGAGCAGACUUUCAAUGAUGAAAAUAAUAUUUUCAAUGAUGACAAUAAUAUUUUCAAUGAUGAAGACAAUAUUUUCAAUGAUGACAAUAUUUUCAAUGAUCCAAUUACAACUGACGAUGAUGAAGACGAUGAGAAGAAAACCACAUCAAAAAAACUGUAUGUUAAUUUAAUCGAUAAAGAUCAGUUAAGUCAGUCCAUAAAAGAUGAAACUGAGGUGAAAGAACUAUUACCAGAAGACUUUGAUGUUGGUAAUGAUUGGGACAGUUCUUCUGAUGGCGAACCAAUUUAUAUGUCAGCAGAAAAUUAUGAAGUCUGCUUAGAACACUGUUACUGUCGAAGCAGAAAAAAAAAAAAAAUACUUGAGAAAUCUACAAUCGAUGGAAAAGCAAUAGAUCAGAUAAGCUUCGAAAAUACCUCCCAUGCUAUUGUCUUUGAUUUCUUGGACCAUUUAAAAGGAUUUCCUAGUUUAUGGCAAGACACCAAUUUACAUAUCGAAAGAUAUAACACCGAUCUGCUAGAUUUGAUGACAAUAAUGAAUGAAAAGUGGACACUUAAUUUAAAAAAAGGUUUUCUACGUAAAAAUUUAGAAAACAUUAAAGCUUGGUUUGUUGCUAUGACCCAAGCAAAAGAAGGCCGUUCGAAUGUGGAAUUCACAAAGAAAUACAUCGACUACUAUACGAAAUGUGCUGAAUAUAUGCUUUGCGAUGACACUAGGAAACCACCAAGGAUGUACUGUGAUAUAUGUAGACGUUACUGCUUCGAUGCAAUAGGGUUGCAAAUUCAUAAAUAUCGUAAGCACAACAUUGGUCAACUGCCAUAUUCCUGCAAUAAGUGUGAUAAGCGUUUCGAUUACAUACAUAAAUUGCGUGCACAUUUGCAAAAGCACGCGGAAAAGGAGACGGAGGCGAAAAAUGCUCUAUCUACCCAGUCAGAGGCAAUUUGCGCUGAGUGUGGCAAAAAGUUUAAAGAUCCACAUGAGUUUCUCAAACAUUUGGAACUCCAUACGAAGGGCAAUUGUCAUUUUACAUGUGAUAUAUGUGGAUUUCGGUCUAAAACGGCAGGCCUGUUGAAUUACCAUAAACGCCGGCAUCAAGUACGUGUAAAAGAAAAAUGUCAUGAAUGUGAUGAAUGUGAUUAUCGUUGUACUGCUAUUGGCUUGCUAAAUGCGCACAAGAAACGUCAUCGUGAGCCCACUUUUCAAUGUGAACAUUGUCCGAAACGUUUUCACUUUUCGCACCAUUUAAAAAAGCAUAUGACUACGCAUAAACGUAGUUAUGACUAUGUUUGUGAAACAUGUGGCAAACUUUUCACACGACAAACCUAUUUAAUGGAUCAUGUGAAGUAUCUGCAUAUGGGUUAUGGAUAUUGUAAAAUUUGCAAUCGCGUUUAUGGGAAAAAUUGUAUAUUUUUUAAACAUUUACGCACUCAGCAUCGGCCAUUAAUUGGUACAAUUGAAGAACUGACAAGAGUUAACGCAAAUGGUGAAAGUGUAGCGAGUAGACCACGUUUGAAAUGCCGAAAGUAUACAUCCUUUGUGGAUCCUGUUACGAAAAAGCGCUUGCUGAAAUGCGAUAAAUGUGAUAAAUGUUUCAAUCAAUACGAAUCUUUGUACUCGCAUUAUAAAAAGGUACAUGGCUCUACAGUACCUGGUUAUACCAGACGACCAACAGGAAACCAAAAAUUAUUUAAUAAACCUAGAAAAAGACAUGUGAACCCUGCUAAAUCUAUGCUAGCUGAUCCUAAUGAAGAAGCAGCAGUCGCUGUUAGCGCAAUUAUCGAUAAUCCAGACCUGAAACCUAGCAGUCCAAUAAGUCAAAAUAGCAGAAUAAGUAAAUGUGAUGAAAGCACAACGGCUGUUGAAAAUGAUAAUAAAGAGUUCAUGGAUAUAACACCAAAAUCGUCCUUUGCACAUAUUUUUAAAGAAAUAUGUACAAAUAAGGGUUUAGUUGCCGACACUGCCAACCAACAUGAAGCUGCUCAAGAAAGUAAUCCAGCAACAUCUAUCAAAAUGGAAAACUCUCUUACAGAUUUUGAGUUUAUAUUAAACAACAGUUCACCUUUAAAUUUUUCUUAUAAAUAAUUUUAUGUGUAAACUAGAUUUUCUAAUGCUUUAUGUAAAUGUAUGUGUAAAUAAGAAUAAUUUAAGAAAAGAGAAAAGUCUAUUUGUGU